AACAAUGUUCAUCAUCAUCAUCAUCAUCGACAAAUAUCGACAAAUAGCCGAUUAAGAUAUUAUUCAAUCAUUUAUAUAAUAAUCAUUAUAUUAUUAGCUCGAAUUAAUCAUAAUGAUUGUUUAACAACAACAACAACAACAACAACGACAACAACAACAAUAUCGGCUAUUAUUACAGCAACUAUAUCUGUAUCUGUUUUACAGAUACAAACAACAGCGGCAAUGAUGAAAGCAUCUUCGACAACAACAACAACAACAACAACAUCAUCGCAAACAACACAAAUGCAAUCAUAUCCGGAUACAUUCAAAACGUAUGAUGAAUUAUUUGAUUGGUCAUCAUCAUCAUCAUCGAUGUUGACAAUGGCAACGGCAACCGUAACAACAAAAUCAAACGAUGAUAAUGAAUUUGAUAAUAAUCGUUUUAAUCAAGAUAUAAAAACAUUGAAUCAAUUACAAAAACUGCAUAAUAUUAGCGCUAUAUUAAAAUUUAUUGAUUUGACAAAUAAUUUUACUGCCGAAGAUUUAAUGUAUUGUCGUCGUGUUUCAUUGAAUCAAUUGAAUUUUACCAUUCAAACAAAUAAUAAUCAGAAUCGAAAACCAUCAUCGACGACCACUACGACAACAACAACAACAACAAAUGUUUAUAAUCGUUUUGAUCAACAAGCCGACAUUGCUAUACGUACAUCACAUUUUUUAUCAAAUUUAUUUAGUUUUAAAAAUUUACGUGAAAAUAUUUCAUUACAUUAUUUGAUUACAAAUAAAGAUUUUUAUUGGUCAUUAUUAUUAGCAAAUCUACAGAGUGAUGAUAAAAUAUUUGGCGCUGGUCUUUCAUUUUCCAAUCAAUUUCUUGAUGAAAUAUUACCAAAUUUUAAACAUUUUACACCAUUCAUUUAUCGUGAUCAACAUUCAAAACGAUUAAAUAAUACUAUUCGUAUGAAUCUAUUUAAUCAUAAUCAUCAACAUCUACAUCAACAUGAACAACAACAACAACAACAAUAUUCAUCAUCAUCAUCAUCUGAAAGGGAAUAUUUUCAAUCAGAAUGGUAUUGGAAAUUUGCAUAUACUAAUUAUAGACAAGAAAUUGUUGAUCAAUGGAGAUCAUUACCAUCAUCAUCAUCAUCAUCAUCAUUAUCGUCAAUGACGCAUCAUUAUUUGAUUCAACAACAACAACAACAACAACAACAAUCGAACAAUAAAAACAAUAUAAAUAUUCUUUACAAUGGAAUGGGUGUAUGGUCCAGUCCGUAUAUUGACUGUGGUAUAACGAAAACAUGGCUCAUUAGCUACAUAGUGCCUUUUUAUGGAAUCAUUGAUGAUUCACCUAUUUUAAUUGGUUUGGUAUUUGUCAGCAUAAAUUUAAAACAAAUCGAUAUGGAUCAAUGUUCCAAUUCAAAUUCAUUCUUUUCCGAUACGCACAAGUGCCAUACACCAUCUACUCAGUGCCAAACUAUUUCAGGUCUUGGAUUCCGUAGCGGUUCUUAUAUAUGUAAAUGUCGUCAAGGAUAUUAUUAUCCAAAUUCAAGUAAUUUUGGCAUUUCAUCAUCAUCAUCAUCAUCAUCAUCAACAUUAUCAUCAUCAAUAACAUUAUUAUCAUCAUCAAUGAGAAAUAUUUCUGGCCAAUUAAUGUCAUCAACAUCGGUGUUUGGUGUCGAUCAAACUGGUAAUGGUUUGAUUCAUCAUUAUCAUCAACAUAAUAGCAAUAAUCAUCAAUUGAUUAAUUUUUUUAGUGGCCGCGAUAUUGAACAGGCAUUCAUUGAAACAAUCAUCGGUCCAAUUGAUGAUCGACAACAAUAUUUUUAUCCACAUAAUUUUAUUUGUUUACCAUGUGAACCUGGUUGCCGUGAUUGUGAUGAUGAUCAACCAUGUUUCAUUAAAUUUGAUCAAACAUUUCGUAUAAUUGUUCUUAUCAUACAAUUAUUCUGUAUUAUAAUUGCCAUAUUGAUUGCGUUACUUACAUUUCGUCUACGUUAUACAAAGAGAGUUGCUAGCUCUCGCUGGGUAAUGUUGGAAACAUUAUUGCUUGGAGCCAUAUUAUUAUAUCUAACGGUCAUAAUACGUUAUCAUGAAUCAAGUACAAUUACUUGUUUCCUUGAACCAUGGUUCCGUGAGAUUGGUUUCGCUUUUUGUUAUGGUUCAAUUGUUAUUAAAGUAUAUAGAAUUUAUGCAGAAUUUCAAACAAGAAAAGCACAUCGUGUAUGCGUACAGGAUAAAGAUUUAUUAAAAUAUUUAUUUGGCAUCAUAUUGAUCGUUUUUGGUUAUAUGUCUGCAUGGACAGCAUUGGUUAUUGAUGGUAUUGAAAAUUUUCGUAGCUUCAAUCUAUUUGGUAAUUCAUUUAAUUUUACUUCAAGAAAUAUUCUUGAUGAAAAAUAUGCCAACAAUGGGCUAAAAUUUUAUGUUUGUCGAAAAUUGGCCUGGGAUUAUGUUACAGAAAUAGGUGAAAUUCUUUUUCUAUUGAGUGGCGUAUAUCUUACCUAUCGGAUAAGAAAUGCUAAAAAAGAAAUUUAUAAAGAGAAACUUACCCUUACUAUUUCAAUUUUAUUGGAAACAAUUGUAUCGUUUUUUACCUAUGUUAUUAAACAUGCAUUUUGGUCACAUCCAAGCCUACAUCCUGAUCAUCUAUUAUUAUUAUAUGCUAUUAGAUGUCAAAUAACAAUAACAACAACGAUCAUAAUGUUAUUCAUGCCUAAAUUUUUCUAUAAGAAACCUAAACGUAAUCCACAUCAUAGAUCUCGUUAUUUAUCAUCGGCUGAAGUAUCGGAUAUGAUGCCCGAUUCAUUACAUUCAGCCAUUUUAUCCAAUGGUGAGAUCGAUAUCGGUGAAAUUAACCUGUCUGAUAUGGAUCCUGAAGAUAUUCGUGCUGAAUUACGUCGAGUAUAUACACAGCUUCAGGUACUUAAAAAUAAAUCAAUACGAAAAGAUAAUCCACAUAUUAGUAAACGUCGUGGUGGCCGUAAAUCACAUCGUCGUUUUUCAUUACAACCAUUCCAUCAUAAACAUAAACAUGAUCAAGAAGUAACUGAAAUAUCAAAAACACCAGAAGAAUCUACAGCAUCAAUCGAUGGUAAUACAUCUUGUAUGCCGGAUGGACCAUCAGUUGGUGGUGUAUGCGGUGCUGGUUGUGUUUCUACAAGAAAUAUUUCAAGUGGAACCGGAUGCCAAAUUAGUGGAAAUAGUAGUAAUAAUAGUAAUGCUAAUAACAAUAAAAAUCAUGAUCAUCAUCAUCAUCAUCAUCCUCAUCAACAACAACAACAACAACAACAUUAUUCUCAUCAUCAUUCUCAUCGUUGCGAUAUUGUUGGUGAUCAUGGUGGUGUUACUAAUAGCUGUGCAACAGCAGCAGCAGCUACAGCAUCAUCAUCAUCAACAACAACAACAACAAUGAAUAAAUCUUAUUCGCACAGACAUUCAUAA